CGAAGACGCAGAUCACUCCGCGAGGAAGCUUGUACAUCAAGCUAUGGAUGCUACAGACAAGGCUCUACGACAGCAACCAAGCCUAGUGCCCCAGGAUACGUUGAAAGCAGGUAUCGAGAAGUUUGCUUUAGGGCGAAGGUUCUUUAUUACUAAAAAGGGCUACUUUGGAUUAGGUCCCCAGAAACUCGAGCCCGGGGAUAGAGUUGCGGUGCUUUUUGGCUCUGGCGUUCCUUUUGUGCUUCGAAAGUGUCCGGCUAUAGCAGGGAGGCGGGCUUGGAGAAUUAUAGGAGAGUGUUACGUACAUGGGAUUAUGCAGGGUGAAGUAGUCCGAAAGUGGGAACUGGGUACUUCGGAGGCGCAAAUGCUUCUCUUGGUUUGAACUCUGGCUCUACAGGUUCGAGGAAUAGCAUAUCGCAUUAUUUUACUUUGUAUGCCUUGGGUAACUCGCUUAGUAUAUCUAGGUUAGAAGUGUAAUUGACCCAUGUGCUAUUGGCGCCUUGGGUAUCAUGAGUUAGCAAUCGUCCGG